AUGUUUUUAGUGAAAAAUACGGUGAAAUUCAAGCAAUUUUCUCGAUGUUUGGGUAGUGUUGCACGUUUUCCCGUAAAUCAGGGUGCAGACAAAUUGCCAUUGGCUAGUUCUACACUAUGCGGACCGCGAUUUAUAAGCACACCACUCUGGUCUCCGGCAGCAUCCGGUGCCGGCAACGCCAUCGUAGCCCGGUGCGGGCAAUACAAAGUCCAACUCCGAUGCAUUUCGACCGAUGAGCACCAAUCGUCACAUCCGCCGAAACGGAAACGUCCUAUGCUGAUGGAUUUCCCGCAGCUGGUGUGGCCUUCGGUGAUCAAAACAGUCCGGAACUGGAUCAUGGUUCACUUCAUUAUAAGACCGUACUUCGAUCGAGAGUUUAGUCUUCCCGAUUUUGUGCAGGGAGCGAAACAGGCACUGCAGAUCGUAUCGUCUUCCUUAGCCGGAGGUGAAGUGAAACAACUCGAGGGGCUGGUGGACCGGGUAGCGCUUAACGACAUCAGACAAUCGCUUUCAAAAAUGUCCGUUGCCGAACGGUACGACAUACAGGUGGAUAAGGCGGACAUAUACUUUUCCUUCCCGUACCAAGUUGGUGUGAUGUUCGACGAGUCGGAUGACGAUAACCAGAAACGGUUCGUCGAAAUAACGAUGGUUUUUCACGUACUGAGGGGUCUGAAGGGAAUGAUCGAACGUGGCGAAUCGGUUCCUUUGAACGUUGGUGCCCUUCCAGAGUUUCGGGACAAAAUAAGCAUCUGCAACUACCGGUUUAUCAAGGAGUUUACCAAAGGCGUCGACUCAGAUUGGACUGUGAACGUUGUAAAUCACUUCAAACCGAGCGAUUACAUAGAGGAGUAAAACAAGCAAUCAACCGUCUGACCAUCGACCGCGCUGGACCAUAGCAACCUCAUUCGCCAAUGUAGCAAACAAUAAAGAAGGCAAAAGUGUACCUACCUUGCUGAAAGGUGAUAAU